CUCUCAAGUCUCAGGUUCCUCUCUGGUGCUCUCUAGUAUAAUUCUAUUCUUGUUGCUCAGCAUUGCUCAAAUGCUCAGUGAAUGUCGAAGAAAGAUAGAGCACGCUCACAACUCCAAGAGCAGCCAAAAGCGUGCUGUCCGAACCCAACCAUUAUCAGAUAAUAAUUAUAUAGAUCUAUAAAUAAACACAAUAAGUUUCAAUGCAACUGAUAGGAAUAAAAGACUCAUCCAACAACCAACACUUUCAUUACAAGUUUCCUGGAGUAGGAUGACGUUUGUACAUAUUUUGUGUGCUGUACUGAUUCUCUGUGUGUUGGUAGAGGCAUAUGUUAAUGUGAUAACAAAAAGAGAUGAGGAUAACGUGCCAUUUUCAACCACAGAGCAAAAAUAUGUUCCAACUUGGCCUAGUCUAGACAGUCGAUCACUUCCAUCCUGGUAUGACACGGCAAAGUUUGGAAUCUUUAUUCAUUGGGGUGUAUUCAGCGUGCCUAGUUUUAGCUCUGAAUGGUUUUGGAAUCAUUGGAAAGAGGAAAGUAAAAGCACAAAAUUUUCCGAUUUUAUGAGACAAAGGUAUCCUCCAAAUUUUACAUAUCAAGAUUUUGCACGAGAUUUCACUGCUGAAUUCUUUAAUGCUUCCGACUGGGCAGAGUUGUUUCAAGCGUCAGGUGCAAAGUAUAUUGUAUUAACAAGCAAGCAUCAUGAGGGAUACACAUUGUGGCCAUCAACGUUUUCAUUCAGUUGGAAUUCUAUGGACGUGGGACCUCAAAAGGAUCUUGUUGGUGAACUUGCAAAAGCUAUUCGAAAUACAACACAAAUAAAGUUUGGCUUAUAUCAUUCCUUAUUUGAAUGGUAUAAUCCUCUUUAUAUAUCAGACAAAAGGAACAAUUUUACAACAGAUAGAUUUGUGAUUCAGAAGGUAAUACCAGAGUUACGUGAAUUGAUAGAAACAUACAAGCCAGAUAUAGUUUGGUCGGAUGGAGAUGGAGAAGCAACUGAUACUUAUUGGAAAUCAAAGGAAUUUUUAGCCUGGCUAUACAAUGAAAGUCCAGUGAAAGACACAGUGGUAGUGAAUGAUAGAUGGGGUAUUAAUAUCUCAUGUCAUCAUGGUGGAUUUUUUACAUGCGCUGAUCGUUUUAAUCCUGGUGUACUUCUCCCACACAAAUGGGAAAAUUGUAUGACUAUUGACAAAAAAUCUUGGGGAUAUCGUCGAAACGCUGUUUUAUCAGAAUAUUAUACAUUGGCUGGAUUAGUGAAGGAGUUAAUAAUUACUGUAAGCUGUGGUGGAAAUUUAUUGAUGAACGUUGGACCAACAAAAGAUGGCAUUAUUACGCCAAUAUAUGAAGAGAGAUUACGAGGAAUAGGCGCUUGGUUAGCAAUUAAUGGCGAAGCUAUUUAUGAUACUAAGCCUUGGAUAGUACAAAAUGAUACCUUAACAGGAAGUGUCUGGUAUACAUUAAAUAAAACUAAAAAACAGUUGUAUGCUUCAAUUUUAGAAUGGCCAGAUGAUAAUAUUUUGUUAUUAGGAUCACCUAAACUUUCGAACAAUUCUCAGAUACAUUUACUUGGUUAUUCAUCAGUAAUUUCUUGGAAACAAUUCGCUAAUAAGCUGGAAAUAAAUUUACCUGCAAAUGCACACAGAGGUCAACCAGCUUGGGUAUUAAAAAUUAGAAAAAAUAUUAAUUGAAAUAUAACACACAGUAUUACUUUUAUAUGUACAAAUAUAGAUUUCUAAUAAUAUUAAUUAUUAUCUAAUAAUAUUACUUAAUACAUCUGCAUAUGUAAAAUAUAUAUGUACUAAAAGUAUGUUUUAUCUUGUAAUUUAGAGGAAAGUUUAGAAAUAUAGUUAAAGAAAAUACUUUAUUAUAAAAAAAAAAAAUGUAGAAAUACAUUGAAAUGCGCUAAUAUGUCAUCAUAACAAUUCAUAGAACGUCUAAAAAUAUAUUUAUUUACCAGCGA